AUGCAACCACACACCAGCAACGCAGCCGCCCAGCAACGCAGCCCUCCAGCAACGCAGCCCCCCAGCAAUGCAACCACAUACCAGCAACGCAGCCCACCCAGCAACGCAGCCCUCCAAGCAACGCAUCCCUCCCAGCAACACAGUCCACCCAGCUACGCAGCCCACCCAGCAACGCAGCCCACCCCCAGCACCGCAGCCCUCCCGGCACCGCAGCCCACCCAGCAACGCAGCCCACCCAGCAACGCAUCCCCCCUCAGCAACGCAGCCCUCCCGGCAACGCAGCCCCCCAGAAACGCAACCGACCCCCAGCAACGCAGCCCUCCCAGCAUAGCAGCCCUCCCAGCAAAGCAUCCCCUCCAGCAUGCAGCCCUCCAAACAACACAGCCCACCCAGCAACGCAGCCCUCCCGGGCCACGCAGCCCCCCCGGCAUCGCAGCCACCCCGGCAACGCAGCCACCCCCCGGCAACGCAGCCCUCCCAGCAACGCAGCCCAUCCAGCAAUGCAACCCACCCAGCAAUGCAGCCCUAGCAGCAAUGCAACCACACACCAGCAACGCAGCCGCCCAGCAACGCAGCCCUCCAGUAACGCAGCCCACUCGGCACCACAGCCCCCCAGCAAUGCAACCACAUACCAGCAACGCAGCCCACCCAGCAACGCAGCCCUCCAAGCAACGCAUCCCUCCCAGCAACACAGUCCACCCAGCUACGCAGCCCACCCAGCAACGCAGCCCACCCCCAGCACCGCAGCCCUCCCGGCACCGCAGCCCACCCAGCAACGCAGCCCACCCAGCAACACAGCCCUCUCAGCAACGCACCCCCCCCCAGCAACGCAUCCCUCCCAGCAACACAGCACUCCCAGCAACGCAGCCCACCCAGCAACGCAUCCCCCCACCAAUAACGCAGCCCUCCCGGCAACGCAGCCCUCCCGGCAACGCAGCCCCCUCGGCAACGCAGCCCCCCCGGCAACACAGCCCACCCAGCAACGCACCCCCCCCAACAUCGCAGCCCACCCAGCAACGCAGCCCUCCCGGCAACGCAGUCCCCCAAGCAUCGCAGCCACCCCGGCAACGCAGCCACCCCCAGCAACGCAGCCCACCCAGCAACGCAGCCCUCCCGGCAACAACGCAGCCCCCUCGGCUACGCAGCCCUCCCGGCAACGCAGCCCCCCCCGGCAACGCAGCUCACCCAGCUACACCCCCCCCCCAACAACGCAGCCCACCCAGCAACGCAGCCCUCCCGGCCACGCAGCCCCCCCAGCAUCGCAGCCACCCCGGCAACGCAGCCCCCCCCCCGGCAACGCAGCCCUCCCAGCAACGCAGCCCAUCCAGCAAUGCAACCCACCCAGCAAUGCAGCCCUAG